CGCGAAGUGAAAAUUUUAUUAAUUGACUCCGAAAAGACAAUGGGUAAAAAAAGAAAAAAUCCAGAUAGCACGGACAGUAUUGAUGCAAAUAAAAGAGAAAAUAGCAAAAAAAUUAAAGAAGUAAUCGCGGAUGAUAUUAUGCAAAAUGAAAUAACGGAAAUGAAAAAUAUUGGUACUGAUGUUCAGUCUAACAUUAAUAAAAAAAGAAAGGAGAAAAAAAUUAAAGCGAAAAUUGCGGAUGAUGCUGUUGAAAAUGUGAACGAAGAUCGUGAAACUCAUGUUCAAACUAACAAAAAGAAGAAAAGAAGGGAUAAAAAAAUUAAAGGCGAAAUCGCAGAAGACAUUGUUGAAAACCAAGACAGUGAAAUUGAUGUACAGGUUCGUAGUACCAAAAAAAGAAAGGACAAAAAAAAUAAGGAUGGACUUUCGAAAGACAAUUUAGAAAAAGUAAAUGAUGGUAGUGAAAGUGUUGUACAGUCUAUCAAUAAUUUUGGAACGAUAAGUAAUAAUGCAACACCAAAAAAGAUCAUAUUUGUUGGCGAUGAACCACAGGAAGUGUCAGUAUCCUCCAAUAAUAAAACCAAGAAAAGUAAACUCUCCAAGAAAACAAAAGAAUAUAACGAUGAUAUAUUGAAAGAAGAAGAUGUGAAAGAUGAAGAUAUCGAUAAGUUUUGUGAUGAAUUAGAUGAAGAAGACAAUAAACAAUAUGAAAAUUGGGUGCAAUUAAUAGAAGCUACUUUAAGUUCCAAUAAAAAGAAACCAAAAUAAAAUUUGUUCAUAUUUUAGAUGUAAAUGUGUACCUAAUAGUUUUUUUUGGCAUGCGAACAUGAA